AGUCUGAGCUUGACUGGCGAACAAUUUGCACUUUCCCCGCGUUGUGGUAAAAAAGAAAUUGAGGGAAAAUAGGAUCAAAAGUAUCCUUCACUUGAGGAGAUUUCUUUGAAAUGUUGGGAAAAGUUCAUCCAUGAUUUUUUGGGAGAUGCUCAACUUGAGAAAUGUGUUAAUUUAUUGAGAGUGAUUUUGUGAUAAAUUUUCAAUGAAAAUUCAUAGUCAAAUUCAAUGUGAAGAAAUUUGAUGAAGAGUAAAAGUUCUUUUGGGAAAAAGUUAACAAUUCAAUUGGAGUUCUCAAAAGCUUCUUUUGGGGAGAAAAGUGUAUUGAAAAGUUACUGUUAAGUGCGUGAAAGGUGCUUUUGUGGAUUUUCCACGAGAUUUCCCUCAAACAGGUGGUCUUGUGUGAAAAAUCUUUUUAGUGGGAUAGAAAACCGCCUGACGCAACAGGACAUGGAGAUUAAAAGGGUACGAGGGAUGUAAAUUGAGUGAAAGGAUUUAAUUGGAACAUCUCACAGCGAGGUCUUCGCGUGAGGAAAACAGAGAAAAUGUCCUAAAAAAGUUCCCUCGGCAAGAGAGGGAAAUUUUUUUGUGCCCGCCAGUGCGACAAGAGAGACAGAAAGUUUCGUAUAAAGAAAAAGGAUACGUAAAGAAAUUCCGAGAAAAGGGGAGAAAAUUCGAGAUUCGUCCAUCCCUUGAACAUAAAAUCUACACAAAAGGGAUUCAUUUGGUGCUGUGAAGAGAUGGACACCAAGUUCGAGCAGAGGCAGUAUCAGGGACAAAUCCCAUCAUCCUUCCCUGAAACUUUCAAGGACUUCUUCUCCAUGCUGAAUGAAGAUGAGGACCAUGUGGAGCUUAUAUCGAACAUCCUGGAAGAUAAAGUCAUUCCACGGUCCAAAUGUCGCUUCCGAUGUGGAAGUUCACGGUGCUGCCACAAUCUACCCACUGGUCCUGCGGCUCAGGGUAGUGGGGACAUUUUUCAACGUACCCGUACUCUUUCCAUGUCCAAUUCGAGUGCCAUGCGAAUGAGUACGGGCAUGAAUUCCUCCAAUUUCGGUCGAUCCAGCUCAUUUCGUGUUGCUCGACCAACUGCCCCUGCCACAGACUACUGCAAACACAUGAAGUACUGCUGCCUCCAUCAGAAUCAAACACACAGGAACUUUCAUCCCACGCGACCUGUGCAACCCCGAUUGGAUUUCGGCACCCUCACGAGUACCUCCAGUGAUGAGGAGAAAUUCACCGGAACUGGCAAAAAGCUCCCCAAGCUCUACGGAAAUGUGAUCCAGGCAGCUAAUCAAGAUACCAAAAGGAAUGCACCGCCGCUCUACGAGAGCUGCGAUGAGUCGGAAGCCGUGAGCAGUUCGUGUUCUUCCAGCAACAACAAUAGCAGCACCCCUGGUGGGUAUUCCGUGUCCACCAGGCCCAGCCCCAUGAGUGGCGGACCACACGGUCGCGGAAGCAUCACCCGUGCUACUUCCGGUCUCCCACCAACACCCAUGUCCGAGGCGAGUCACUUCCUCCUGCCGAAUCUACAGCAGGCCACCCCCGGGACACCCACAUCGUCCGCCACGACACCCUCGGCACCACCCGGAAGUCACCCGGGACCACCCACGCCCGGAAGUGGCCUCAACUCGCCAGCGACGAAGACGUUUGGUGAGAAAAACUCCCACAAGUUGCCGGAUAUCAAAUCACAGAAAUCACCAGUAUUCAAUCGGAGACGCUCCUCGUCUGUCACCCUGGCCCAACCCCCGUCGGAUCUCCAUCGAUUCAGCAGUGUUCGCGGCACGGAGGACGUGACGGCAUGGCGAGGAGAUCCAGGUGGCGGAAGUGGGAAUUCCACAGGAUAUUCACGGGAGCGGUACUGCAAGUCACCAGUUAACAGACCACCACCAGAUUGUGGCACCCCUAGCACUUCGCAGCGUCCCACGAAGCAGAAGCAACGGAUGCGAACGGCGAGUAUGCCCGCGGAAAAUAGGAAACCCCGAUUAUCGGAACUCCGACGCUCCGCCAUCCACUGUGCCGACGUGGACAUUGAAUACUACCGACUGAGGAGUUUUAGCAUCACAUCCCAUGGGAUUUGUAACUUGGGUGACUCAAUGAGAAGUCGCAGGUCCCGCUCCAUAAACUCCGUCACCUCGUCGAAUAGCGGCAGGGAUCGGCACAACAGCAAUGCCUCGCAGACAACAACAAAUGACCUGGCUAUGGACACAGAGCAGGGGGACGGGACAACGGCCUACAAGGUAGCCAUGUUGGGUGCUUCAGGCGUUGGGAAGACUGCCCUCACGUACCAAUUCACCACGUCUGAAUACAUUUGUGCGUACGACCUCAGUCUGGAUGAUGACUAUGGCCAGAAGACGGUCUCAGUGCUGCUGGACGGACAGGAGACUGACCUGGAAAUUAUUGACCAUCCCGCUUGUGAGAUGUCUACUGAGGCCUUCUGCUCAACCUAUAACAUUGAUAUCUUCGUGGUUGUGUACUCAGUCGUGGACAGGAAGACCUUCAAGGCGGCUGAGAAGGUUCUCCACUACCUGAAAGACAAUGAGAUGCUUCUUACGCGUGGGGCAAUUCUUGUGGGCAAUAAAACUGACCUCGAGCGACACAGGGAGGUACCAACUCAAGCUGGUAGACGCCUAGCGAAGGAUGUUAGUUGCAAGUUCAUCGAAACAUCCAGCGGAUUGGAUCACAAUGUCGAUGAGCUUCUUGUGGGUAUUGUGGCGCAAGUGAAGCUCAAUCCACAGCGGUUGUGCAAUUUAACUGAGGAGCAGAAGCAGGGAUUGAGAAUGUCCGGCAUACCAGGAUGUUCAGCAAUGGUGGCGAAGACUAAAGAGGAGGAAGCAGAAGCAACAAAACAAGCCAGGAAACGCCAAAUGGCACACUCAAGUGGACCCCUAAAUGCAAUGGACUUGCACACGCUGAAGAAUUCCUUUGAGAACAAAGAGAACAUCCCAAGGAGGACAAGAAAUCGGCAGCGACAACACACACCGCAGAAGAGUGGCCUCAACGAGGAGGAUGAGGACAAUAAAUCCACCAGCUCAAGUGUAUCCUCGUCAAAUUCCUCAUCCAUCGAUGAGAAUGAAGUGAAUCUCCUCUCCCAGGGGUCCACAAGUUGCUCCAGUACGCCGACGAAGAAUCCCAUUGCAUGCGAUACCCCAAAGUCGGGAAAGAAGAAAAACUUAGCAGCGGAAAAAGCAGUUGCGAGAUUUUCAAACCGCACGAAGCUCUUCCUUACAUCAUUCCUGAAAUUUAAGAAGAAUCUCCGAGUUAAGCGAAGAAACUCCAACAGUUGCAGCGAUUUGUUCGUCAUUUAAGUGAGAGAUGUAAGCCGUGGCGGCUAAAUAGGGUGGAUUUAGGCACUUAAGGGCGCGUAGACCAAAAAUUAAAAAUUGCUUUGAGAAGUUUAUUCACGGUUUCAGAAAUAAAUAGAGAAAAAACCCAAAGACCAAUUUAAAAAUUUUUAUGUGAAUUUAUUAGAUUUUUUAAAGCCUUAGAAAUUAAAUAUAACAAAAAGAAUUUAAUACUUUGAUUAAAAUGAUCUUUACAGUGUUUUCAACGCAAUUAAUCAUUCUAUUCUGAAUUUUUCUUUUCUUUAUUUAAAUUAUAUAAGAAAAAAUACAAUUUUUAUUACAAAGAAAAAAAAAGAAUAAAAUAAUAUUUCUCUGUAAAAAAUCAAAAAGUGAGAAUGUUUAAAUAAAACAAAAACUCUUAGACGCCACAUCUUCCGCCGCUUUGGCCCACGGCUUACAUGCAUGUAUCUCAUCUGUGGUGCAGCAACAAAUCAAAUAAAAAGAACCAAUUCCAUUUAUAUAGUUUGUAUCGCAGAAGGAAAAUUCCCACCAAUAUAGGGGAUGAAUUUAUCACUGUGUUAACUCCCCCUCCACCCACAUCCACCCUUUGAUGGUUUCACUGCAAUAUAUAAAAUUAAAAAAAAAACUCAUCUUCCACAAACUUUUUCUCCCACAUCUUCUUGUGAGAAGCAUGACCAAAAUGUAAAGCAAAAAAAAAGAAUAUAAGCAAAUGCAAUCAAAAGGAGAAAUUCAUAAUCAAAUUAAUAUUGUGUGUUAUAUGAUUUUCGUAAAAGACAAAACCGAGCUGAAAAUUGAGAGACGGUAGACUUUCUUGCAUAUUUUAAUCUUUUCUGCGUUCCAAUAUUUAAUUAAAGGUAUAUAUUGCAUUAUUUAUUCUAAGAUAUAAGAGUUUUUCUCUGUGUAAAUAAAUAAAGGUGAAUUUAUUGAUUAAAA